AUGAUUGCUGUUGUGGACCCCAGCUGCAUGCUGGUUCUGCCCACCCCCGUCGCCACCCUCUCUAGGCCCACCCCCGUCGCCACCCUCUCUCUGCCCACCCCCGUCGCCACCCUCUCUCUGCCCACCCCCGUCGCCACCCUCUCUCUGCCCACCCCCUUCACCACCCUCUCUCUGCCCACCCCCGUCGCCACCCUCUCUCUGCCCACCCCCGUCGCCACCCUCCCUCUCUGCCCACCGCCGCCGCCACCCUCCCUCUCUGCCCACCGCCGCCGCCACCCUCCCUCUCUGCCCACCGCCGCCGCCACCCUCCCUCUCUGCCCACCGCCGCCACCACCCUCCCUCUCUGCCCACCGCCGCCGCCACCCUCCCUCUCAGCCCACCGCCGCCGCCACCCACCCUCUCUGCCCACCGCCGCCGCCACCCUCCCUCUCUGCCCACCGCCGCCGCCACCCUCCCUCUCUGCCCACCGCCGCCGCCACCCUCCCUCUCUGCCCACCGCCGCCGCCACCCUCCCUCUCUGCCCACCCCCGCCGCCACCCUCCCUCUCUGCCCACCCCCGCCGCCACCCUCCCUCUCUGCCCGCCCCCACCACCACCCUCCCUCUCUGCCCACCCCCGCCGACACCCACCCUCUCUGCCCACCGCCGCCGCCACCCUCCCUCUCUGCCCACCCCCGCCGCCACCCUCUCUCUCUGCCCACCCCCGCCGCCACCCUCUCUCUCUGCCCACCCCCGCCGCCGCCGCCGUCCCCCUCUCUCUGCCCACCGCCGCCGCCGCCGCCGUCCCCCUCUCUCUGCCCACCGCCGCCGCCGCCGCCGUCCCCCUCUCUCUGCCCACCGCCGCCGCCGCCGCCGUCCCCCUCUCUCUGCCCACCACCAUCCGCCGCCUCCCUCUCUCUGCCCACCACCAUCCGCCGCCUCCCUCUCUCUGCCCACCACCAUCCGCCGCCUCCCUCUCUCUGCCCACCACCAUCCGCCGCCUCCCUCUCUCUGCCCACCACCAUCCGCCGCCUCCCUCUCUCUGCCCACCACCAUCCGCCACCUCCCUCUCUCUGCCCACCACCAUCCGCCGCCUCCCUCUCUCUGCCCACCACCAUCCGCCGCCUCCCUCUCUCUGCCCACCACCAUCCGCCGCCUCCCUCUCUCUGCCCACCAACAUCCGCCGCCUCCCUCUCUCUGCCCACCACCAUCCGCCGCCUCCCUCUCUCUGCCCACCACCAUCCGCCGCCUCCCUCUCUCUGCCCACCACCAUCCGCCGCCUCCCUCUCUCUGCCCACCACCAUCCGCCGCCGCCCUCUCUCUGCCCACCACCAUCCACCGCCUCCGUCUCUCUGCCCACCACCGCCGCCACCCUCUCUGUGCCCACCACCGCCGCCACCCUCUCUGUGCCCACCACCGCCGCCACCCUCUCUGUGCCCACCACCGCCACAGCCGCCACCCUCUCUGUGCCCACCACCGCCACUGCCGCCACCCUCUCUGUGCCUACCACCGCCAAUGCCGCCACCCUCUCUGUGCCCACCACCGCCACUGCCGCCACCCUCUCUGUACCCACCACCGCCACCGCCGCCACCCUCUCUGUACCCACCACCGCCACCGCCGCCACCCUGUCUGUGCCCACCACUGCCGCUACCCUCUCUCUGCAUAUCCUCCUGACCCCAUUGUCUCUCCCUCUCUCAAUCACCUUCUUGCCUCAUCCUCUACUCAUCUUCCCUCUUUAUCUCCUCCUGCUCCCUUUCUCUGCCAAUUUCCGCCUUUCAAUUUUCUAUGUCCAUCUCCUCCCACACCUCUCUAGGCCCACCCCCGUCGCCACCCUCUCUCUGCCCACCCCCGUCGCCACCCUCUCUCUGCCCACCCCCGUCGCCACCCUCUCUCUGCCCACCCCCUUCGCCACCCUCUCUCUGCCCACCCCCGUCGCCACCCUCUCUCUGCCCACCCCCGUCGCCACCCUCCCUCUCUGCCCACCGCCGCCGCCACCCUCCCUCUCUGCCCACCGCCGCCGCCACCCUCCCUCUCUGCCCACCGCCGCCGCCACCCUCCGUCUCUGCCCACCGCCGCCACCACCCUCCCUCUCUGCCCACCGCCGCCGCCACCCUCCCUCUCAGCCCACCGCCGCCGCCACCCACCCUCUCUGCCCACCGCCGCCGCCACCCUCCCUCUCUGCCCACCGCCGCCGCCACCCUCCCUCUCUGCCCACCGCCGCCGCCACCCUCCCUCUCUGCCCACCGCCGCCGCCACCCUCCCUCUCUGCCCACCCCCGCCGCCACCCUCCCUCUCUGCCCACCCCCGCCGCCACCCUCUCUCUCUGCCCACCCCCGCCGCCGCCGCCGUCCCCCUCUCUCUGCCCACCGCCGCCGCCGCCGCCGUCCCCCUCUCUCUGCCCACCGCCGCCGCCGCCGCCGUCCCCCUCUCUCUGCCCACCGCCGCCGCCGCCGCCGUCCCCCUCUCUCUGCCCACCACCAUCCGCCGCCUCCCUCUCUCUGCCCACCACCAUCCGCCGCCCCCCUCUCUCUGCCCACCACCAUCCGCCGCCCCCCUCUCUCUGCCCACCACCAUCCGCCGCCCCCCUCUCUCUGCCCACCGCCAUCCGCCGCCUCCCUCUCUCUGCCCACCACCAUCCGCCGCCUCCCUCUCUCUGCCCACCACCAUCCGCCGCCUCCCUCUCUCUGCCCACCACCAUCCGCCGCCUCCCUCUCUCUGCCCACCACCAUCCGCCGCCUCCCUCUCUCUGCCCACCACCAUCCGCCGCCUCCCUCUCUCUGCCCACCACCAUCCGCCGCCUCCCUCUCUCUGCCCACCACCAUCCGCCGCCUCCCUCUCUCUGCCCACCACCAUCCGCCGCCGCCCUCUCUCUGCCCACCACCAUCCGCCGCCUCCCUCUCUCUGCCCACCACCAUCCGCCGCCUCCCUCUCUCUGCCCACCAACAUCCGCCGCCUCCCUCUCUCUGCCCACCACCAUCCGCCGCCUCCCUCUCUCUGCCCACCACCAUCCGCCGCCUCCCUCUCUCUGCCCACCACCAUCCGCCGCCUCCCUCUCUCUGCCCACCACCAUCCGCCGCCGCCCUCUCUCUGCCCACCACCAUCCACCGCCUCCGUCUCUCUGCCCACCACCGCCGCCACCCUCUCUGUGCCCACCACCGCCGCCACCCUCUCUGUGCCCACCACCGCCGCCACCCUCUCUGUGCCCACCACCGCCACAGCCGCCACCCUCUCUGUGCCCACCACCGCCACUGCCGCCACCCUCUCUGUGCCUACCACCGCCAAUGCCGCCACCCUCUCUGUGCCCACCACCGCCACUGCCGCCACCCUCUCUGUACCCACCACCGCCACCGCCGCCACCCUCUCUGUACCCACCACCGCCACCGCCGCCACCCUGUCUGUGCCCACCACUGCCGCUACCCUCUCUCUGCAUAUCCUCCUGA